CCAUAAUCGUGCUCAGUCUCGCGGGCCCCGCCGUUAGGGGCGGAAGUGACGUUUUGAGUUGGGGUCCCGGAUGUAGUUGCGCAUUCCCUGAGGCACUGUCGCUGGUGUCUUCCUCGGGAGCGUCCCGGCGACGGCCGCACCCACGUUCCUCUGCCACCCUCUCAUCUUUUCUGGCCUGAGGCUCUGAGUUCUACUCUCCUUCUCUCCCCCAGCUGUGCUCUGAUCCAUUUUUACAAGAUGAGCACCACCAAUGUGGAUGAUGCUAAACCAGAGGAUGUUAAACAAGAAUCUGAGAAAAAGAUAUUUUAUUGUGAGGUUUGUAAAGUUCCAUGUAUGAGUUCUAUAAGUCUUCAGUCACACUUCCGUGGAGCAAAACAUAAAAAGAAAGAGAGAGCCAUGAAUGCUUAUCGUGCUCCCGUGCCGGUGAUAUAUGAAACACAGAGACCAGUUAAGCGGAAGCUUACAAAGGACAUAACCUGUCUGAAAGAUUUCAUGAAAGAUCCCAAAAGAGAGGAACCGCUAGUUGGUUUAGAACAUGUGGUUGAAAUCAGAUUUGAAGGGAGGAGAGAGCCACAUUAUGAAUGCAAACUAUGUGAAUUUAACACGGAGAUGGCACCUAUGAUAGAACAUCUCAGUGGCUAUAAACACAGAAGAGCAUAUAUUUCUAAAGAAUUUCCAGAUAAAAUGAAGAAGAACACACCAGGCGUGAAAGAGGACAAAGUCUCAUUUCUCAGACGGAUAGCAAGAGAGAUAGAAAAGACUGAAGGCUUAAAGAUCUAUAAGACUGAAGGUUAUACAAGACCCAGUAUAUCUUCCUCAUCAUCAAAGAAAAAAUCAAGGUGGGAAGAUGAUUACAAGCCUGAGAAUGAUCCAGUUCGAAAGCAGAAAGCCCUAGAAUACUUGGAAACUUUUCGGGUCACCUCAGACACAGAAGCAACUCUGGUAGUUAGUAUUACACAAGAUCUGACAGAAGCUUUGAAGACCUUUUGUAAAAAGAAAGCAGCUGUCAAUUAUGCCAGCAGCCUGAGGCCAUUGAUGUCAAUAUCUCAAGAUGAGCUUUCAGCAGGAAAAAACAUCCAAAAACCCUAUAAGUCUUGUGAAAAUUACAAAGGCAAUUCAGGAAAUACUAACUGGAAUCAAGAUUUUUCGUCUCAAAGACCUGAACAGGCACAAUUUACAUCACAAUUAGAUGCAAACCCUUCAUUCACCACUGCCAGUUCAUACAGUUACCAACCAGGUGAUGGAUCAUCCUCAUAUGGACUAAGACCUAAUGAUUCUGCAACAAUGGCUGCACUCAGUAAUUCAUUUGCCCUUCAGACGGGAGGCUUUGCUACUGGAAUCAAUGAAUGGCUGAAGCAAUUCAACCAAUCUGCUUCUGUAUCCUCCCAGUCCACUUCAGUUGGAGGCACCUCUCCCUACUUCACAUAUUCAGGAAGUGGGUAUUCAACAGAAUACAAGUCUAAUAGUGCCCAAGGAAACAAAACUACAGCACCUGAUAACAGAAUGGCUUAUGGUGUUGGAGGUACAAACUGGAAGAGUCAAAGAGCAUUUACAAAUACAAGGAAUUUACCUGACCAGAGAUCAACCUAUUCUGCUUCCUCUGCUACAUAUCCUUCAUCUGGAGGAUAUUCAACAAACUAUCCUUUACAAGGCUGUUCGUCUUACUACAGGAGUGGGUCUGCAAAUUCCACUUCUUCAUCAAGAGGUGGUUCUAGUUGGUCAGAAGAAUUGAGAUACCAGAAAUCAAAUUUCAAGACUGAUUCGACCUCAUUUCGUUCCUCCUCUUCUGUCCACAAUUCAUACAGAGAUUGCCAACAACAAGACAGAGAGUCAGAUAAGAUGUUUGAUGAAAAUGCCAGUGGUCUUACUCCCAACAUUCUGCAUAGACUUCGAGGAAAGGAUGUACCUACAAUGACCAGAAUGCUCAAGCAGCUGACUCCAUAUUAUCCAGCACUUCAAAAAAUCAAUAUUGAAACAUUAGUCAAAGCAUUAAUUGAAACUAGAGAAAUAAAUUAAGAAGAUAAAACAGCUGAACUGGAACAGAUGAACAGAACACUGAAGAAUCUUCAUUUUGAGUUUUUAGGAAACAAACUGAACAAUUUAGUUCUGGAUGUGGUUUGUUUUUUUGUUUUUUGUGGAAGGGGAUAGGGUUUGUUUUUAGUACAGUAAAAAUGUAGUUGGAGCACAAAUUAUUGUCAUGGAGAUGAAUAUACUGUCCAGGCAUUUUUAUGCAUUUGUUAAAUAUUUUUAGUAGAUUGCAGUGAAAACUCUAGAUUUUUGAGGGCUGGUUAAUAUUAAUCACCCUUUUCCAAAAAAAAGGUUUUGUAUGUUAUAAUCCAUUUAGAAAGAAUAUUCACUGAAAAUAGAGUUCCAUUGCAUGAAAAAUACAGAAAUGCAUUACUUCACAUAUGAACAAAUGGCCAGUUCUUCUAAUUUUAGACUUUAUAACUAGUUAGGGUACAUUUUAGAAGUGACUAUACUGAAUUUCUUUUUGGAACGCAUUAAAAUGAUGGGCCCUAAACAAAACGUUUCUCCUACUGUGAACUCAAAAUGUGCUCUUAAAUAAGAAAAUGCAAACACUUGUUAGUGGAAAAACUUAACCAAUGUUAUUUUUAAAUUGUAAAAAUGCACACAAAUAUGGAAAUACAACCAGAAUUACAUUGUAUAGAAUA